GUCGUCAAAAGUGAAUGCCUGAGGCUGAAAAUUUUUCCCCGGAACUCUUUGGACUGCGGGCCGUUCGAGACACCGCGACUGCGGCGUCUUGACAAGGAUAGUGAUUGGCGAUCGCUAGCCGGGCACAGGCAUCGAUCUCUGCAGCAUUAAAAGUGUUUUUUACUUUAGCUGAGUUCUUCUGUGCUGGAUACCGAAGAUACACUCAUGAACUCUCGACCGAUAUGAAGAAAAACAGUACCGGCUACGUUGUGGCUUGUACAUCAUGCUGCACUGUCAGAGCGUGGUCUUGGAAACAGAGGCAUGACUUAAGACUACCACUGUAAUUUGGCAAAACAGCUGUCUGUGCUGCAGAUUAUUGAUUGCGAAAUUUUGCUCCAACACUUAGCCUAAGUCUGCGAAAGGCCCCCCAUGUAGUUGACUAUGCUUUUGCCAAAAUGUGUUGCAUGCUGGUGGGCCUCAAACACUGGGAGUACUGCUUAUCCUUGGGCAGCGCUGCUGUCUGGUAUGCUAUUGUCUCGUUUUGUUGCGCAGUGUGGCAACUCGCCGCAGUUUUCGUACACGUAGAUUUUUCUGGAGACAUUACGGAGCCCAUAGUUCGUGAUGAUGAUGGAACAAGACAGGUCGUUUUGGGGUUGAUGUCCAUCAGCCACGCCGGAGCUGCCGCUCUGAACUUCGCCGUCGUUCUGCUUACCGGUUUAGCUGUCGGCCUGCGAUCUCCAAAGUUGUGUCGUCUGUCAUCUACUGUAAUCUUGACUCAAGGAAUCUACAAUUCUCUAUUUCUCGUCGGCGUCUGGAGCAUUUUCGAUUGUUCCCAACACGGAGCGAAGACACACAGUGCGGGUCUGCAUCCUGACGCUUGGUUCGGAGCGUUACUGGCAUGGCCUGCUGCUGUUAUUCUCGCAUCUUUGGCUACUGUUCAAAGUGCCGGCAACUCGGGCUUUGAAGGCCGACAAAGGAUUGCGUCUCCCAGAUUGCAUAAGCCAGAUGACGGACACGUUUCUGACGCGUGGGCGAGGGUCGGCACGUGGACCGUGGGCUUGACUCUAGGUCAAGGCGUGCUUCUGUUAAGCGGUGUGUGUUUUCUGAUGGCUGCUAAAACUCUUCGCAGCUUCUGGAACCUACACUUCGUUGAGAGCUACGAGGCACAACAAAUUGGAUGGGCGUUCAUGCUGGAAGGCUUGAUUCUCUGUUGUUUGGCCGCUACGGCGUUCGUCGGCACAGUGCUGACAUCUACCUUCUCGCUACUUGUCGCUCUUUUCUGCUGUAUUGGGCUUGGACCAAUUGCGACAAUAGUGGCAGUUUGGUGGAACGUGCUUCUGUACAGGUGGAAAGUGGAACCGGGCGUUUUCGUUGGCAUGCAAUUCAGUAUCAUUGAGCAAUACGUCUGCGUUUUCUGCUGCUGGGCUGCAUGUCGGACGCUGACCGGGUUCAUUGCCGCAAAAACAAAGGGUCGAUUUGGCAUUGAUAUCCCAAAGGAUGACAGUCCGGAAUCUGAAGCCCUUGUGCCUUCUGCAAGUCCGGCUUAA